AUGACCUUACGCCUCACUUCUGCUCCGGUAUCUGGCGUCAAGAAACGAAAGUCCUCUGCCACCAGGCCUCGUGCCUCACCUUUUGCCGCUCAUGCACGCCGCAAGCCUCCAUCUGGGGCCAGCAGCUUGAAGUCGACUGCGACUGCCGAUCUGAGUUUGGAUGAUCCGCUUCCAGAUUUAGGUGGGUCGCAUUACAUUUCGCAGACUGCACCGGUGCAGAAUGUGCUAGAAGCUAUUCAAUAUAUCCGCGAUGGUAUAUUUGAGGAGCUCCCCCAGCGAGCUGGCAUGAAUAGCACUCGGAUCGCAGAAGUUCUCAACUUACGCCGAUCAUUGCCGCCGCUCGCCUCAGUAGCCCACGUUCAUACUCUUCUGGAUGCACCAACGCAUGUGGAAAGGGAGAUUGUCGAUUUGGUUCAGACGGGCCAGGUUCGGCGACUCAUUAUUCCUGGUCGAGGCAAUGAUGCGGCAGGGCUGGGUGAUUGCCUGGUAUUAGCAGAGGACUGGGAGAAGCUGGUACAGGGAAGCGCUCUAUUAGACGCCCCAACCAAGGAGAAGUUCCUUGAUAUUUUAAAACGCAUGGGGACCUCCUCGGCGAUAUCGCAGGGGGUCUUUACGACUGAUGAAUAUAGGGCAUUGCUUCGUGCUGGCUUCAUUGUCUCAUCAUCAUCAUUCACACAAGGGUCGUUGAGCGUUGCCUCUCUUCCCAAUUUGCCUACUUCGGCAGCUUCAUCAGCCAGUCGGAAAGAAUCUACUCAGUCCAAGACUGAGCGCCCUGUGCAGUCAGAUGCCCAGGCGCGUGCUGCAACCCUUUUCCUAUCUCUUCCUAAUACCGGGACCUAUCUUCGCCUACUAGGAUCUGGUCGCGCACACCUGCUAGCUUUACUCCGGAGAUCUGCUUCUGGCGAAGUCCCUCUAGGCCUGUUGAAAGACAGGUGGGAUGGAGCUGUCGAGACUGAAAAGAGCUUCCAUCUUGCCAAGCGAGCUCGCGGUGAGUUUGCUGGCAUUCUUCCCGGUAAAACGAAGAAGUGGAAGGAGCUAUAUGGAAUGCACUUCCGCUGGGCGCUAGAAGAAGCUCUUGGCGCGGGACUAGUAGAGAUCUUUGAGACUGGUAGCGUAGGACCUGGGAUCCGUUCUUUAUAG